AAAAACAACUCUUUUCUUCACAACGAUUCGUCUUUUUAUUAUGAGGUAGAUAAGGAACUGCUUCGUGCAGCUUUUAUUCCUUUUGGCGACAUCAUCGAUAUCAACAUGCCCCUGGAUUAUCAAACGGAAAAACACCGUGGAUUCGCUUUCAUCGAAUAUGAAGAAGCAGAAGAUUCUAUUGCUGCAAUUGACAACAUGAAUGAGAGUGAAAUUUUCGGUAGAACAAUUCGAGUCAAUAUUGCUCGUCCAGUGAAAAUUCGCGAAGGCUACGGCAAGCCGGUCUGGUCUGAUGAUAAUUGGUUAAAGAAGUACGGCGGUCUUGGAGUGGAGGAAGCGGUUAGUUCUGAUUUUCACAUUUUUGAGGAGAAACGCAUCAAACUCUCCCUACCUCGCGUCUUUUUGGAUAUCCGGAUUGGCGAUUCAGAGGCGGGUCGUAUUAUUAUUGAGCUGCGCAAGGAUGUUGUACCACGAACAGCUGAGAACUUCCGCGCCCUGUGUACUGGUGAACGAGGUUUCGGCUACAGAAACUCCACUUUUCAUAGAAUUAUCCCACAAUUCAUGUGCCAGGGUGGCGAUUUCACUCGUGGUGAUGGUACUGGAGGCAAAUCCAUCUAUGGAAAGAAAUUCGAUGAUGAAAAUUUCCAGCUGCGACAUGACUCUCAGGGUGAGCAUUUGAAAAUUGCAUUUCUCCCUCAAGAAAGCUUGUUCUUUGUGGAUUUUGAAAUAUUGCAGCAAUUAUGCAACGGUCUCUCAUACUUGUCUAAAAUUGAGAAACAGGAGGCCAGUGAGUUGACAGCGUUUCACCCCCUAAAAUAA